ACAAGAAGAUGAGACAGCUAGAGAUGCAGCUGUUGCACAGGAGUCAGGAAGGUGAUUUACAGAGUGUGGAAAAGGCUGUAAUAUCCGGGGCUGAUGUCAAUGUUCAGGACCUGUAUGGGUGGAUGCCUCUUAUGUGUUCUGCCUAUGCUGGUCACGUGGGUGUUGUUCAGACCCUCCUUGGCCUUGGAGCAGACUGGGAUCUGUGUGAGAGGAAGGGGAGGACUGCCAGGGAUCUGGCUUCUAAGGUUGGUCAUGGCAGUAUUGUGAAGCUCAUUGAUGCUACCAUAGCUCAUUUACAGUCUUCCAAUGAUGGAUCAAGUUCCAACCAACAAGUCACAAAUGAGGAAAGUUUCUUCUGUGAAAUUUGUAAAAGACAUUUUUCUGAAGGGACAGAACUCUCUCACAGAACCUCCACUGUCCAUUUGUUCAACUGCCAAUUAAAACCUAAGCAAACUAGCUACCUGAUUUCGGAGUCCAAUAUUGGAUAUCAGAUGAUGCUAAGGAGUGGCUGGAAUGCAGAUCGGGGUCUUGGACCUCAAGAAGAGGGACAAAAGUACCCAGUAAAAACUGUGUUGAAGAGGAAUCGAGAGGGCCUUGGGGGUGAACGAAAGAGCACACCUAGAGUGACUCACUUCCCACCCCGUGAUGUUCGAGCUGUUGCAACUGUGAAGCCGAGGGGGGAGAGGAGAGAGUCGUUGAGGUCACAGUCACGCCGAGCCAUCAAGAGGAAAGAAAGGAAAGAUAAAGAGUGGGAGAGAAACUUAAGGCGUUAUAUGAACUCUGAUUAACUGGUCUCGAUAAAAACUCCCCUUGUCCCUG